GAACAAGUUGAGAAUGUUCAAUUGAUGUUGCCAAAGAUGCGACUUGAACUAAGUCCAGCCCAAGUCCAAGCCAAGUACGACUUAUAUAGCUAAGUCCAAGCUAACUGAAACCUAACACUAUACUGUUCGCAUUAUACCAGUGACUCAAAAGUCGGCUUUAGACCUAGUAUGCCUAGUUAGUGUUUUCUAGCCGACCUCAGUCUGAACGUCUCCCAGUUGCUGGUGGCGAUUGCUCUUCUGUCGCCGAGCAGCUUUGGCCGGUGAAGGAGAGCCCUGGUGAACUGGUGGUCGAACCCUUUCCCGAUUCUUUGAACAAGUAGCUUGCCUCAAGAACACACGAAGGGUAUGCUGCAUGCUGCUUGUUGUUGGGUAUGCAGACCAUGUAGUGUGCGUACUUCCGGGCGCGAAGAGGUGGUGGAAAUUUAUCAAAGAUUCUUCAGGAAGGGUGAUCUAAGCUCUUCAGAUUCAACCAACAGCAAGAUGUGUGAUGCUUUCUGAUUUGAUGUAGGCUUGCGCCAACCCUGACAACUGUGACGGGCUUUGAAUGGCACUACGUCAGAAAGCCCUGAAGCCAAGAGUUGGCGGCAGUUGAUGCACCGCUGGCCGGGUGCAGGCGCUUGGGUGUAGCAUCCUUGGGGCCAACGCAUCGCCGGUCGCGAUGUAUGACAGCAAGGAGGUUCAAGGCUCCUAUGCCGGCUUCGCGGCCCUCCGAAGCGAUGGACGUGUGACGUGCUGGGGCGAUGUCGGGGUCGAGACGGAGCUCCCAUCGACGCUGCGUGACAUCCAGCAGCUUCAGUCGACGAACUUCGCCUACGCCACCUUGGACCGUCAGGGACGGGUGUACUGCUGGGGUGAUAGCGACUGCGGUGGUGACGCAGGCCACCUGGCGCUCGAAAACGUGGCCACGUUGGCAUCGGCGGGUGGGGCCUUUGCCGCGAUCUGCCAUGAUGGAAGUGUUCUCACCUGGGGCCUGGAGGAUGGUGGCGGUGACUCUUCCCACGUCUCCCACCAGCUCGUGAAGGUUCAGCACAUCUGGGGUUCCCUGGGCGCCUUCGCAGCCUUGCGCAGUGAUGGACAGCUGGUGACCUGGGGCGACCAGCAACAUGGGGGUGACAGCAGUCACGUCCAAGAAGCUCUCAGGGAUGUGAUGCAUGUGGCCACCACGGAUAGCGCAUUUGCGGCCCUGUGCCGCGAGGGCGACGCGGCGCGCGUGGUGGCCUGGGGGCAUGCGGAGUACGGCGGCGACACCUCCACCGUGGAGCGGCGGCUGAGCUCGGGCGUUCGGCAGAUCACUGGAUCGCUGGGCGCGUUUGCCGCCGUGCUGGUGGAUGGUGGUGUCGUUUGCUGGGGCCACAGCAUGAUGGGUGGUGACAGCAGCUCGGUCCAAGAGCAGUUGAGAGAUGUCGUCUCUGUGACGGCCUCUGGCAGGUCCUUCGCCGCUCUGCGUUCCGACCAAACGGUUGUCACCUGGGGUGCUGGCGACGCGGGCGGCGUUUGUCCUCGACGUGCGCGGGAGAAGCUGCAGCAGGUCGUGGCGCUGCAGGGUACCGAGCAGGCCUUUGUGGCCUUGCGCUCUGACGGGCAGCUGGUGACAUGGGGAAAUCCGCUCCAUGGAGGAGACUGUACUGGACUCCAGGAAUUGAUGUCGCUGCUAUGAGACAUUUCGACAAGAAACCUGCGCACCCAGAAAUAGGUUUUCAGCCUGGCGAAGCGGCGGCCAGCAAUCGGCGAAGCAGCCGGCCCCAUGGCUGCUGCAGCGGACAAGGGUGUAGUAUACGACCUCUCAGAUUGGGA